AGCCAAGCUGUUUAGUCUUCCGAGCGCGUGAGAGUGAAGGUGCUUCAACGAAGGGGGUCUGAGGGGAAGAAAGAAUCUCAAGACAGAUGUGACAGAAAUGUCUGGUUUUGGGAACAAGUUUAGCUCUUACUCGAUGACUCAGCUCAAUGAAAUGCUUGAAGAUGAUGACAAACUUAACAAAAUUAUUCAAGAAAUGGAAGAGAUGCAGGAUGUGCAGCAGAUCAAGGAGAUGAUCCUGGCCAGUAACCGGAGCCUGGCAGAGCAGAAUCUUCAACUGCAGCCCAGCCUGGAACACCAGAAGACCCAGCUCACCAAAUGCUACGGCUCACUACAGGAGAGCUUUGAGGCCUACCAGGUCCACAAGUCCAAACUAGACCACACCCCUGGGAACAGUUCAUUGGACACAUUGCUAGCUCUACUGCAGGCAGAGGGAGCCAAGAUUGAAGAGGAGACUGAGAACAUGGCCGACUCCUUCUUGGACGGCGAUGUCACCCUGGAUACCUUCAUAGACUCGUACCAGAGCAAGAGGAAGCUGGCCCACCUGAGGAGGGUGAAGAUUGACAAGCUGCAGGAGAUGGUGCUGAAGGGCCAUAGGCUGCCCCAGGUGCCAGUCUCUUGCUCCCAUCCCCAGGAGGUCUCAGCCAGGCCAGCCCCCCUCUACACAGAGGUCAACAACCACUCCCCUGUGCCCCAGCCCAGGAGAGCUCCCCCUCCACCUCCAGCCCAACAACCCCCAGGUGUAGCCCCCCAGCCUGCUGUCUUCUCCUAUCCUGCCAUCCCAUACCCCCCUAUCCCCCCCAGGGCAGCCCACCUUUUGCCCAGUGCCAACCCGGAGCACCAGCACCACUUCAUGUCUCAGUGCCCCCCUGUCCUUCCUCAAAGGCCUCCCCCUCGCAUGGCCCCGCAGUCUGGCUUCAUGAUUCAGUAGUGAAGGGGGUACAAUACAUGCAGUGGACUUGCACUGCAAUCUUGCUGGAACUAUCUUCUGUGUUGUGUCAGGCUGUGAGCCUCUGAAUAUGGCACAACGUAAUGCAAAGGGGGUCGACUAACUUAGAUUGAAGGCUGGUCUGGGCAUGUUCAACUGAAAAACAGAAUCGAGUUUGAAAUUGCACUCUUCUCACCAGAAUCAGCACUCCAUUGCUACAACACCCCAGAAAGGACUUGACUGACCAGUGCUUGCGUCUGCAAAGUUAAAUCUCUCAGCGAUAGGGCUUUAGAUGUAGUCUAAAGUGAAAUAAAUGUCAAUUUAUGGUUAGCUGGCCUCUUAAAACUGGGCUUGGCCAUGACCCCAGUCAGCACUUUAUGCCCCUCAGGUGUUUCCUCAGUCCUCCCUCUCCUCUUCCUGCCCGUUACAGUGAAGGUGCCUCUCAUCUGUCAUCUGUGGUGUCUAAAGCCCAAUGGGGACUAGAGCCAUUCAUUGUUUCUCAUUUGAUCUACAGUGUCAUUUGAAUGUUGUUUUUUAUAUUGUGUAACCAGAGACUUCCCAGAAGACGAUGGUAAAUCAUAUGCAAUAGAUAUUUAGAGUACUUAUGUCAUAUAGCAUUAUUGUUGCCAGGAAAGAUUAGACAGACAUUUUGAAAUAACUAAUUUGUGAGGCGUGUGCAUCUCUUCUCCAGCAUGGACAGUUGUCAAAAAAGUGUGUGGAUCUCAUGCCCAAUCCAAUAUGGAGUACAGUCGAAUUGGUCACUGCUGCUCAGGGCAGACAUGUGCAAACAUGCACAUAGUAGGGGUGGGUGGGGGUUGGUGUCACAAACACUCUGAAACCUUGGCCUCUUGGUCUUGCCUGCGAAGGAUCUGUCAUUGCCAUAUAAUCAAUGUACCUUAAGUGUUGUUUUAGUCAAUAAUAGCAUACUUGAUGCGCAA